AUGGGCAUUCAACUCUCUUCGACGCGUUCAAGUCAAAUGAAACAUCGUUCAGGGAAAGUAGAGAACUACGUUGGUAUCGGAGCAUCCGAUACCGUUGGACUAGGCACGUCGAAUCCAUCGGUUGAUGGUUGGGUUCCACGAUUUGCUUCGUUAAUCUCCGCACAGCAAACCAUCAAUCUUGGUCGUAGUGGAUCAACUCUUGACGAUGCGUUAAAGCAACAACUGCCAAAAGUGUUCGACAAAAAACCCGAUGUCAUAACUAUAUGGCUGGCUGUGAACGACUUCAAUCAACAAGCUUAUGACCGCUCCAUUCUAACGAGUUACACAGCCAAUCUGCAGCUAAUGCUAUCUGAAUUACGAACGAAAUUAGGUGACAAUACCCGAAUACUUGUAGGGAAUAUUCCCGAUUUGACUAAAGUUAAUAUUUACACCUCACUGGGCAUUCCAAAGCUUCUCCUCGGUAUUCAAGUAAAACGGUGGAACGAUGCGAUUAAACAUAUCGUGAAAAAGAAUCAUUGCGAUUUAGUAGAUUUAUAUUCUCACUGGAAGGAAUUGGAUGAACAUCCCGAAUACGUCUCUUUUGACGGAUUUCAUCCAUCCGUAGAGGGUUAUCAAAGACUUGCACAAAUCUUUCAUCAACAAUAUCUCAAAUAG